AUGGCUGGAGAGGCGGUGGACGCCGUUCAAGAGCUGAAACUGGCCGCCGUGCUGGACGCUCGAGACGAGCAGCGCCGGUGGGAGGAGGAAGAGGAGGAAGAGGAGGAGGAAAUGGGGGAACUGGAAGAGAGCGAGGAGGAAGAGAAGGUCGGUUUGACCAGCGCUGAUACCUCACCCGAGGCAGGGAGCGCGGGCGCGGGCGCGGGCGCGGGGAAGCGGUGGGUGUGCGGGCCGCGCGUGGAGGCGGUGAUGCGCAGCAAGGUGGCGCGGCUGGUGAAGCCGGACAUGCUGCUGGCCCUGCAGGAGCUGCAGCGCCAACAGCAAUGGCGCCUGGCCGCGCGGGUGAGAAAGAGAGUGAGAGAGGUGACGUGCCUUCUUUUCUGUCUUCCACCUCCCCCACUUUCCCACCCCUCCCUGUGUCCGAGGGUGUUUGAGCACGUGCGCACGGAGCACUGGUACAAGCCCGACGCGGACCUCUGUGCGCGCAUGAUCAACUGCCUGGGGCUGGCCGGCCGCAUCACCGACGCACAGGCGCUCUUCCGGGCCACACAGGACGAGGACGGCAUGCCCCCCUGCUCGCCCACCUACACUGCCCUGCUCGCCGCUCACUGCCGCUCCGGGGACCACAGGAGCGGCCGGGAGGUGCUGCGAAGGAUGAGGGAAGCACGGGCGGGGCCGUAUGAUGCGGCGUACAUGAUUCUGAUCAAGACGUGUGAGGCGCAGGGGGAUGCGGGGGCAGCAGCGGAGUUGAAGCAGGAGCGGGAUGUGGUACUGGCAGAGUGGGGGCAGUUGGGGCUGCCUAAACCCCCACGGCGGUCAAAGAAGAUGUAG